AUGGUGCUGGUGCUGGUGGUGCUCAUCCCGGUGCUGGUCAGCUCGGCGGGCACCGACGGCCGCUACGAGAUGCUGGGCACCUGCCGCAUGGUCUGCGAGCCCUACGGCACCGCCGGGCCGCUGGGCGAGCGGGGCCCCCUCCCGCCGCCCUCCACCUUGGUGCAGGGUCCCCAGGGCAAACCGGGCCGGCCGGGCAAGCCGGGCCCGCCGGGACCCCCCGGGGAACCGGGGCCGCCGGGGGCUGCGGGGCCGCCGGGGGCGCGGGGCGAGGCAGGGCGGCCGGGACCCCCCGGGCUGCCGGGGCCGGGGGCCACGGGGGCGGUGAGCACGGCCACGUACAGCACGGUGCCGCGCGUCGCCUUCUACGCCGGCCUCAAGAACCCACACGAGGGCUACGAGAUCCUCAAGUUCGACGACGUGGUCACCAACCUGGGCAACAGCUACGACGCCGCCUCGGGCAAGUUCACCUGCGCCAUCCCCGGCACCUACUUCUUCACCUACCACGUCCUCAUGCGCGGCGGUGACGGCACCAGCAUGUGGGCCGACCUCUGCAAGAACGGCCAGGUGCGGGCCAGCGCCAUCGCGCAGGACGCGGACCAGAACUACGACUACGCCAGCAACAGCGUCAUCCUGCACCUGGACGCGGGUGACGAGGUCUUCAUCAAGCUGGACGGGGGCAAAGCCCACGGCGGCAACAACAACAAGUACAGCACCUUCUCGGGCUUCAUCAUCUACUCGGACUGAGCCUGGACCCGCGGCAUCGCCCCGCGGCCAUCCAGCCCCACGGCACCUCCCCACGGCACCCCCCGACGCCCACCCAGCCCCACGGCACCCCUCUGCCAUGGUUUGGACCCAUGGGAUCCCCGUCCUCCGUCCAGCCCCACGGCAUCCCCCCAACUGCUGUGCAGCCCCAUGGCCACCCCCUGCUGCUGUCCAGCCCCACGGCGUCCCCUUGCUGCUGUCCAGCCCCGCAGUGUGCCCCCGCUGAGGUCCAGGACAUCCACCCCGGCUGGCUGUGGGGCCCCAAAACCCCGCUUCCCCACCACCCGCUCACCCCGCCGCUGCUAAUUCGGGGCUGGGGGAGCAGAGGGGCAGCGGGCAGGCAGGAGCUGGGGGAAGCCCUGCGCUGCCCCUUCCCACCCCGUGUCCCCUGGCUGUGACCCGCUUCGCCCCACGGUCCCCGCUGCGGGCGCGCCGGGCUGUAUAUAUGUACAGGAUGCGCAGCUGUCCUACGGGUGUCCCCGCCCCGUGCCGGGGCUGUGCCAGGGGGGCCACCGCUGCCUGGUCCCGGGCGACUCGAUGGUAAAGCAGAGCUGUGACCUC